GUUUAUUUAUUAUUUCAAGCUGUGAACCUGCUGUGAACCACGUCUUCAUAAUUAUUUUAUUCUCGUAACUAUCGUUUAAUUGAGCUGAUAAUUAUUAAAUUUUAUUAAACAUGGUCCAGGCUUGGUUUAUGGACACCUCUGAUGCUGAUCAGAGAAAAUUGCAUCAAACUGACCCGCCUCAGUUUGUUAGCCCCAAAGAACUACUCUCUUCAACGGGAGUAGAAAGUUUUGAAAUAACAAUUGAUGACAACUUGACCGAUCCAUUCUUGUCAAAAAUCCGGGAGGAACGCAAGUAUUCCUAUGAAGAUGAAAUCACCUGCUGUCCGGAGGAACUGCCAAACUAUGAGCAAAAGAUCAAAUCAUUUUAUGAGGAGCAUUUGCACACCGACGAGGAGAUUCGUCUUGUCCUUGAGGGUUCUGGCUACUUUGAUGUGAGGGACCAACAGGAUCGCUGGAUCAGGGUUGCUGUGGGUAAGGGAGACCUUCUGGUGCUCCCUGCUGGAAUCUACCACCGGUUUACGUUGGAUGAAAAAAAUUUCAUAAAGGCAAAGCGAUACUUUGUGGGAGAACCAGUUUGGACUCCCAUCAACAGACCUGCUGACAGCGAACCCAGCCGUAAGUCAUAUCUCCAGAAACUGGAGACUGGCUUCAAAGCCUAGGGCCAGAAUUUUGAUAUUCCUUUUUUUAUUAAAACAAAAAGACAAAUAAUUAUUUUUUGGAGAAAAUAAAUUUUUUUAUGCUCUGCAAAAUCA